GCUCUGUCUGGACACUCUUUAGAAGCAACAAACUCUUACCAGUUCAGGUACAAAUAUGAAAGUAAUAAGAGUAUUGCAGUAGAAGAUAUCUAAUUGGGGUAAAGUUCAAAGAGAGAUAAGCGAACGUGGACUAUAAUACUUUACAAAUUUUGCUCAUCUCAAGGUUACCCAAACAGCCCUUCUCCCAAGGAGAGGUUUAAUUUUCUAUUGGCAACAAACCACUUUUCUAUAAUUCAGUGCCUUCCAAUAGAAUAAUUGCUAGCAAAGAGAUAAAUCAUAAUUUUGUAUCAAAAUGCCUAUAAAUACGACCAAUGAGAGCAUGAGACACUACAUUCAAUUCAACAAAGUUUAAAGAUAGUCAUGGAGAUUCCUGUAAUAGAUCUUGAAGGUCUCAGUGACAGCUUGAAGAGUGAAACAAUGGAGCUCCUUCACCAAGCUUGUGAAAGUUGGGGUUUCUUUCAGGUGACCAACCAUGGAAUCAAUGUAGAGCUGAUGGAUAAAGUGAAAAAGUUGGUGAACUUGCACUAUGAGGAAUGCAUGAAAAGAAGGUUCUAUGAAUCAGAAAUGGCAAAAGGGUUAGAGAGUCGAGAUGCCCCAGCUGUGGACUCCGACUGGGAAAGCAGUUAUUUCAUCUGGCAUCGACCAAAAGCUAAGUUCGACGAGUCAAUAAACCUGUCAGAUGAACUCAGAAAGGUAAUGGACGAGUACAUUAAUCAGAUCAUCAAGUUAGCCGAGAAGCUUUCAGAGCUCAUCUGUGAAAACCUAAGUUUGGAGAAAGACUACAUGAAGAAGGCAUUUUCAGCAACUGCAGGUCCUUCAGUCGGAACAAAGGUUGCUAAGUACCCUCAGUGCGAUCGGCCUGAUCUAGUAACUGGACUCAGGGCACACACCGAUGCAGGUGGAAUCAUUCUCUUGCUCCAAGAUGAACAAGUCCCAGGUCUUGAAUUCCUAAAGGAUGGGAAAUGGGUGGAAAUACCACCUUCUAAGAACAACACCAUCUUUGUGAACACAGGUGAUCAGAUCGAGGUGCUAAGUAAUGGUAAAUACAAAAGUACUCUGCAUCGUGUUUUGGCUGAUAAGAAUGGGAGCAGGCUUUCUAUAGCUACUUUCUAUAAUCCUGCUCCGGAUGCCGUAAUCUCUCCAGCUUCAGAGCUUCUAUAUCCUAAUCAAUACCGUUUCCAAGACUAUCUCAAGGUUUAUUCCACCACCAAGUUCUCAGAGAAAGGACCCAGAUUUGAGACCAUGAAGAAGAUGACUUGCAGUCUUCCCGCCUAAUGGGCUAAUAUGAUCAUUGAUAAUAAUUUCCAUUACUUACCAUUUCUAUUGUGUGCUAGUGAGGGAUUAUUAUGAGGCCCUGCCUUAAUUUCUUUCUACUGUUCUGUCAGUACGAAAGUAUUAAAAUGAUAUUAUCUGGUCCGAUCGUAUUUGAA